GGGCCGAAUCGAGGGUAAGCCCGUGAUACGUUCCUACAGCAUGUCAGUGAAACCCAUCCUGUCCUUUCGCAUCGUUCUCCCGAAACCCAGCGCCCAACGCCGCCACUCCUCCGCCGCCGCGUAGCCGGAGAGAUGUCGAGGCUCGCGGCCGCCGCCCUCCGCGGCGCCCUCACCGCCUCUGGGGCACGCUCGUGCUCGAUCUCAGUGGCAUUUUCCCCUGCAUCCUCUCGUCUCUUCUCAACCGACGCAUCCGGCGCCGUAGCGGGAUCACAGGUCGACUCAUCGUCCGGCGAAGGCCAUACCUAUGGAAGGUUCUACACUAAUAUUUCUGGUGUCGGCCGUCUUGGCAAGAACAUGCUGAAGACUGACAUUAUCCAUUACCUUGACCAAUGUGAACUGUCACUGGAUGAUGUGAAGAUUGAUUACAACAAGGGGUUUUAUCCCAUGGGCGCAUUAUUGAAGUUUCCUUCGGUGGAAUCAUUUGAGACAGCAGUCAGGCAAACAAUUCAGGGUCGCAUGUACAGGCUUGAGAGGGUGAGUCCUGAUGAGUGGGAACACAAGAUAUCUUUGAAUGGAAAAGCUGUACUGUUGCAAGGAGUCCCUCGAAACGCUCAAGUUGAUGACAUAGAACGCUUCUUGUGCGGCACUAACUAUGAACCUCCUCCAUUUGAAAACUUUAUCAGAGCUGGGGUCCCCGAGCCUGUAAGAAUGGUGCUGGUAAAGUUCGGGUCGAGGACUGAUGCAACCAAUGCCUUCAUUGCUAAAAACAAGGGUUUCUGUCUGAACAAUCCUGUUACCGUGCGGGUUAUUCAGUAAUCUUUCAGGUCUUAUCAUGUGUGUGUCACCUCCUUCCAAUCAACCUAGGAUCUGAAGCCUAUUGGCGCAUGUGAUAGAGAUGUGUACACUCCAUCCAUUCAACCUGAUUUAUUAUGGGUUUUCUCUGCCACUUUAUUGUACCAUUUUCGUUGUCAACCUGGACCUUGUGCUUGUGCUUAGGUUGCAGGUUUUCCUGCGACGACAGAAGUAGCUAAACGAGUUAAUCUAAUAAAUGUUAAUACACACCACUUUCUUGCUGGCA